AUGCUCUCCUCUUUCCUUCGUGUAGCUCGACCGCGAACUGCACGUUCCCUGCGCGCUUUUUCUUCCACCGUAAAGGCGGCGGCCUCGUCUCCUGAACAACCGACGAAAGAUGAACCAGAACAUAUUGAUCCCAUAAUAAAACCCUACCAACCUUCCUCCACCUUGGCCUUUAUUCCUCCUUCAGCGCCUCAACUCUCACAAGACCAUGGUCUGUUUGGUUUUUUCAGGCGGAGGUCUGGAGAAAACCUAAUUCGUGAUGACCAAUACGAGACCUUCACGGACCCGACUAUUACCUUCAAUGGCCGUGAAUGGCAAGCCUCAGAACUGAGAGUCAAGAGUUUCAAAGACCUCCACACAUUGUGGUACGUUUUGCUCAGAGAGCGAAAUCUUCUUGCAACCCAGAGGGAAGAGAUGCGACAGCUCGGACUGUGGUCGAUGUCUCAACCUCCCUUCCGUAUCAAUCGCGAAAAUGCUGCCAAGUGUCGAAAAUCAAUGGCUCGCAUCAAGGCUAUCAUGAAUGAGCGACGACUAGCUUAUGAAGGUGCUGUUGAGCUCGCUCAGUCUGAGCGAGAAGCGGAGACCAAAGCGGCUAUUCUCAAAGCUAAGACCAACAUGGAAACAACAGAAAUGCAUCGUAAACACGCAGAAUCCUUGCGCAAUGGUACUGCAAAGCGUUCAGGACGAACGGCUCGGGCUGGAGCGAAGGUGAGGGCGCGACGGGGAGGCAUAGAAGGCGAAAAGAGGCCCAGGUGGACAAAGGAGCAAAAGAUGCAACGCAAAAAAGAAAGGCUAGCAGUACAAACAGUCUAA